AUGUUAAUCGCCAAAGAAAUUGCCAUUAAAUAUGGCUACGAUGGCAGAAAGUUGAUGCAACAGUACCAAAAGGCAUCAAUUAAAAUUGCGAAAGCUAGCAAUCGCAUGAAGUUUUUGCUGAAUUGUAGAAAGUGCAAAGUCAUCCCUACGUGUCUGAACUACAGGGUUGGAAUCAACCUGAAUAAUGAUCGAUCCCGUCGUGAGUUUGAAAAGGUAUUAUUCAAGCACAGAAUUCGCAUUAUCAGCAUAAUGGUGGCCGACACCAAACGAACGCUAGCUGAGUUGAAGAGAACCAAAAUGUUCUAUUCCAACCGAAUGGAACUAAUCUAUCAACAAGCCGACGUCCAGCGGGUGAAGAAAAUGGUGGAGAACAAGACUGUGGUGGUACAUAACUCCUGUAAAACGAGAGAGACACGUAAGAUCGAGACACUGAAAAACAGGAGAAUUGCGUCUCUCACUCGCGGUGGACAGUGGAUAGAAAACACCACCAAUACACAAAUCCCGGAUUUUCUGGAGAGAACGUUGAAACUGGGUCCGAAUUUCAAUGUUCAGAAUAACAACCACAUCCCCUACGUUGAAAUGAUUUCGGAAUUGGAAAAAACGGUGAAACGUAAAGAAAACGCAGACGAAAUCAGAACAGAGGUUUCCACUGCCAUGAUAAAUUACAUGAAUUUCAAAAAACAACCUAGACACUGCGAAAAUGAAUGGAUAAGCAAGGACAUAUGCAGGAGUAAGAAAUUCUUGGCAGAAAACCCCAAUCUGGUUAUCACCAAAGCGGACAAGGGAAACAAAACCGUCAUCAUUGCAUCUGAGGAGUACGAACAGAAAAUGGAGGACCUUCUGAGUGAUGAAAGCACGUACAAACAACUGAAAUCGGACCCCACAUCGAAAGUUCUGAAGAAAAUCGGUGUAUUGGUGGAUGGGUGGCGCGAUAGCAAGUACAUCGACGCGCGCACACACCGGAAGAUAAAAAUAUCCAGUUGUAAUCCACCAAGAGUCUAUGGUUUGCCAAAAAUACACAAACAGGACAGACCUCUCCGCCCGGUGGUUUCGACGAUUGGAUCAGCAACGUACAAUGUGGCCCAAUUCCUAUCUGGAGUGAUUGGAAAUAUAGUAGGGAAAACUGAGUACCACAUUAAAAAUAGUUUUGAGUUCGCUGAUCAAAUAACAGGAACACAGAUCACCGAAGAUGUAGUUCUUUUCUCUCUGGAUGUGACGUCGUUGUACACGAACGUGCCUGUUGAUUUUGCCCUGGACUGCUUGAACGAGAGAUGGGAAGAGGUGGAGAAACACACAAGCAUCGAUCAACACAGUUUCAUGGAGGCGGUCAAGCUUGUGUUGGAAUCGACGUUUUUCGUACAUCGGGGUGUAAUAUAUGCACAAACUUUCGGCGUCCCUAUGGGCUCUCCACUCUCACCAGUCAUUGCGAAUGUGGUGAUGGAGCGAUUGGAACAGAAGUGCAUAGCAUCAUUAGAGAGAAAACAAAUACCUCUAAUGAUGUACCGUCGGUACGUAGACGAUUGCUUCUGUGUGGGCAAAAGGGAGCACAUUCAAGAAAUCUUAGACUCGUUCAAUAAUUUCCACAGUAAACUCCAGUUCACCAUUGAAGAGGAGGACAACGGGAAAUUGAGAUUUCUUGACAUGAUGCUAACCAGAAACCAUGAUCGCAUCGAAAGAGUUUGGCUACCCAAACAAGCGGAUGGUAGAUAUCUGGAUUUCAAUUCAGAGAGUCCCUAUUCGCAUAAAUGCAACACGGUAAUUGCACUCGUAGAUCGAGCAGUUAAGCUCUCCGACUGUAAAAACCGACCAGCGGCAAUCGAAACAGCCAAAAAGAUAUUGCGAAUAAACCAUUACCCCUACUGGUUUGUUCGCAAAAUUCUGAAAGAUCGGGUCCAUAAACACUAUAAUGGCCUACAGCAGAAUAAAGAUGCGACUGCUGAAAUAGCAUAUGUAGCUGUGCCAUACGUCCCGGGACUCAGUGAAAAACUAGAGAAAAUUCUGAGAAAACACGAUACAAAACUUGCUUUCAAGCCAAAAGAUAAAAUAAAAAACAGAAUUUUCUCCAAACUGAAAGACCCGAUCCCACCAGGGAAACAGAAGAACGUGGUGUAUUCGAUUCCGUGUGGAACAGGCGAUGGCAAAACGUAUGUAGGACAAACGGGGAGAAGGCUGGAAACGAGAGUAGCGGAACACAAGAACGACGCGAAGAAAAAAGAUGCGAGAACUGGUUUAGCCCAACACACAUUGCAAGAAGGACACAUCUUCGAUUUCGACAACACCCGGAUACUGGAACGAAUCGAAAACCAGGAGAGCAGACUAACUGCAGAGAUGUUUCACAUCAAAAUUCUCGGCGAGGAAAAAACGGUGAACCUACAAAGAGAAUGUGGAACGUUCUGCACAACAUACGACGGUCUGGUCACCAAGCUUCGACAGUCAUUCCAGCUAAAUGAAGAGAACGUAUGUGGCACAUCCUCAUCCGGUCGGGAUCCGGUCGAGGGUACCAAUCGACAUCAUCGGUGGCACCCGUCAAAGCACGGACUAUAA